UUCCCAUCCACUUCUUGGAUUAAUCUUGAUAUUGUCUUAUUAGUUUUGAACUUUAGCAUUAGCUAUGGGUUUCAAUUGCCACUGCAUUUUUCUACUUGUGACACUGAUAAUAUUUCCUACAAUUUGCUAUAGCCAAGAAGCCAAUUCCCUCUACAGUAGAGCAACUUAUUAUGGCAGCCCCGAUUGCUAUGGAACCCCUAGUGGAGCAUGUGGAUUUGGUGAAUUUGGGAGGAAAAUUUAUGAUGGCAAAGUGAGUGGAGUCUCUAGGCUCUACAAGAAUGGAACUGGCUGUGGUGCUUGCUACCAGGUUAGGUGCAAGAUACCAGGUCAUUGCACAGACGAGGGAACAAAAAUAGUAGUGACAGAUUAUGGUGAAGGAGAUCAUACAGAUUUUAUACUAAGUGUAAGUGCCUAUUCAGACAUGGCUACACCUGGAAUGGCUAAUCAUUUGUUGGCCUAUGGAGUUGUUGACGUCGAAUUUCGAAGGGUUCCUUGUCGUUACUAUGGUUACAAUUUAAUGAUUAAAGUUCAUGAACACAGCAGGUUUUGUAACUAUUUGGCUAUUGUACCAAUCUACCAAAGUGGUGCAUUUGACAUUGAAGCUGUCGAGGUUUGGCAGGCAGAUUGCAAGGAAUGGAGGGGGAUGAGAAAGGCAUAUGGAGCAGUAUGGGACAUGGCUAAUCCACCAAAAGGAUCAAUCACUUUCAGGGUUCAAGUCACCCUCAAUGGUGAGGCAGCCAAGUGGGUGCAGCUGAACGACGUUCUUCCAGAUGAAUGGAAGGCUGGCAUUGCUUAUGACACCUACCUUCUUCUCGACUAAAUUCCCCACACUAGCUAGGCUGGCUUGCUUUCUUUAGAAUAUAUGUGGUUCCUACUUAUAUUGUUUUCAGUUUUUGUUUUUCAAUGUCCUGUGAUUGCAUUUUCCUUUUAGUGCUUUACCAAAAGAUUCAACAAGUAAAUGAAAAAAAGAAUAAGAAAAAUGAGGAAGUUGAAUGUAUGUGUAUUGAUUGAUGAAUUGUGGUGAUAUAAAUAAAUUGUCAAAAUGUUAAUUA